CUAACACCAGAUGUCUCUACCAUGCUGCCAUGCUUGUGAUAUCAGGCCAUGAUAUCAUGAUAUUGAUACUUUGACGCAUUUUCCCCAAAUUGAUGUCUUUUGUGAUCAGUGAUGUGAAUUGUUCUUUGUGACAACAUGUUACGUAAUAUGCGGUCAGCAGUGUUUGGUAUGGUCCACGUGCGUGCCUUGCCAGGAACCCCAAGGAACAGUCUGACAGUUCAAAAGAUAAUUGAAGAGGCUUGCAAGGAAGCAGAAAUCUACAAAAAUGCUGGAUUGGAUGGCAUUAUCCUCGAAAACAUGCACGACAUUCCAUACAUGCACACAGAGAGUGUUGGACCCGAGAUAGUAGCGACCAUGACAGCAGUGUGUUCGCAAGUGAGACGUCUUUGUCCCGAGAUGCCUCUUGGUGUGCAGAUUCUCGCUGGUGCUAAUAAACAAGCAUUGGCUGUUGCCUUGGCUGCAGAUCUGAAUUUCAUUCGAGCUGAGGGUUUCGUGUUCAGUCACGUUGCGGAUGAGGGUGUGAUGAAUGCUUGCGCUGGCGACAUCAUGAGGUAUAGAAAACAGAUUGGUGCGGAUCACAUCAGUGUCAUUACCGACAUCAAAAAGAAACAUAGCUCUCAUGCUAUCACGAGUGAUGUAGAUAUUGUGGAAACUGCCUUGGCUGCAGAGUUUUUCAUGAGUGAUGGCGUCGUCAUAACAGGAAGUGCCACUGGGGCAAUCACAGAGGUCCAAGAUGUAAAAGAUGUGAGGGAAGCUGUGAAAAUCCCCAUUCUGGUGGGAUCGGGAGUGACUGUUGAAAAUGUCCACAACUACUUGAUGGUCAAUGCCAUGAUCAUUGGAUCACAUUUCAAGAAAUCGGGUCACUGGGAAAAUGAGUUGGAUGUUGACAGGAUUGUACGAUUUAUGGAGAGGGUUACCUGUCUCAGGGAUGUGAUUAAAGAUUGAAAUGAAAUCUUAAGAACUGGCUUCCUUGCAUGUACGGAGUAACAAUAUAUUAUUUUUGUACACAAAAACUAAUUUUCGUCAUGGCAGGAAAAGAAGAACUUGACGCAAGCUUUUGGACAGAUUAGGGCUACCUUUAUUUUCUUCAAUUUGAAAUAAAAGGAAACCACUUCCACUAGUCAUACAUACCUACCCAAACAUACAAUAAACCACAUUUAAAAUGAAGCAUGGAAAAAAGUCAUGAGGGCAUGUGCAGCAACCGGAACAGAUCCCUUUGGACAGAAGAGAUGUUGCUUUGAUCAGAUCUAAAACACAUAAUAAAACAGCUUAAUUGGUGAUAGACAUACCUCAGUUGAUGAAAUCAGAGGGAAGUCUGGCCCAUCAUACUUUGGCAGAGCUUAAUAUAUUUGUUUUACUGUGGACUCCAUAAGAUGUAUAUAAUAGUGCAAAGCACUAAAUAAAAGUCCUCAGUAGUUUAUAAUCCAUUUCUUCACAGAGUGCAGACCCUUUCACCAAAGCUGGUAUUCAGAAAUGCACUGUUUACAAUUGCUCAAACUAGGACAGGCCAGACCCCCUCUAAUGUCUAAGGCCGCUGUGUUGUUUGACCUUUACUGUUGAUGCCAUUACUAAUACCUCAAAUUGGAAUAUUUUCUCAUUAUCAUCCUGGGAUAAAACUGACCAUGUAAAAACCUUAAAACUUCACAAGCUAUAGUGUCUUACCUAAAAUUUCACGAAUAUAAUCAUAAUAAAUAUUUGUUUUCUUACUAUUCAUACCUUACAUGUAGAAUAAAAUAGUUCACUAUUAUUACACGACCCUGUAUUAAAAUCAUAAAAUGUGCAGUUAUUUUUAUAAUUCCUGAGCUUCCCAUAACACAGGUAACAGCGUGGUUUUUUCUCAAAAUCAUGUACUUGGCGAUUUGCUCAGCAAAUCGUGUUACUGGUACAGCAUGGAGAUUCUUAUACUUUUCUUAUAUCCUACAUAACCAAUUUUCGAGAUAAAACUACACACAAACCAAUUUGGGUGAUUUAUACAUUGGCAUCACUGUCCUCAAAUGCCUGUAUGGGUCAUGAUGUCUCUUGACCCGAUCAGGUGCCAUAAUCUAACGGAGGAAUACAGUCUACUGGAUGUUGUGAAGGAUGCGUUGCUGUGUGCAAAAACCUGAAGCAACAUUGCAUGAUUGUUGGAUUGACUCCACCGAGUGAAGUUUUCUGUAGUUAAAUACUGUUGUGUGUGAUCAUGCCUCAAGGCCCUGUCAUUGCCUCGAAUUUUGAAGAAUUGAUGAAAAUUAGAACAUUCCUAAACACAAAAUGAUUCAAAAGGGAGGGAAAAACAAAAGAGUGGUAUUCGUACACAACUGCAUUCAACUGUAUUUCCCAACAAUAUUAUUUGCAUAGCUGAAUGUAAUUCAAUAAAAAUUAUGAUUUGAUUGAAAAAAUUCUUAACUAUUCAAACCACAAGGAUACAGGUCAAACCGAAAAAAUGUAAGGCUGCCCAUUUUGGUGCUACUAUAAUUUCCUCUACCCAUUUUUAAACACACGCUAAUAAUAUACGCCCAAAUGUAUCAAUACAUACGAUAAUCAAGAUAUACAAUGAUAUUACACAAUUUUUUUCAUUUCAUUUAGAUUUUGGAAUUUUUAAUUUCCUAACACAGUUAAAUUGAAAGCUCGCCUUCUAAUUUACAAAUACAAUUAUUCAAUCAUAACUUAGAUUUUUUUUCAAUCAUUUUAUUUUUAUUUAUUUUUAUGGUAUUAUAGCUCGAAAGUUGCUAUCGUUUUGUGCGGAUUUAACUGUGAUUUCGGUGAACCACUUUCCUUUUCAACCAAAUAAUGCACACACCAAUAACCUUAUACGUGAAUGAUGGUAAAUUCUCAUGUUGGCUACAAAGGUCUGUUUUACUAAGAAAAUUUCUCUAAAUGUUUUUUCUCUAUAUUAAAGAUUCCAGAACUUUCAAAACCCUAGAAUAAAAGGAUGUGUAUUGUUGUAAUGUUUGGUUGUUAUGGUCAUACAUUGUACUUUUGUUUCCGUGGUUACCAACCGAAAGGAUAAACAGAAAGCAGUGUCUACAUAUUCAUAUAUUGCUAUACUUAGCAUAACAGUAAGGUACCACAAAAUUCUCUAUACAUCUCAUUACCAAAAUUAUCCAAGGCAAGUAUUUUCAAAGUCACCACAUUUUCUAGUAACCUAUAGCUGCUUAUGAAAUCAUUUUGAUCACUCCAUUUAACAUAAGAAGGAUUCUUCACCAUGUGCGGAAAUAGGACCCGACUGAUCCUGGUAUAAGAAUUCCAGACCCUCCCUACUACAUUUCAGUUGAAAUUAAAAAUAAUUUUAUCUUCCAUUAUCAUUGCAUUGCAAUUUGCAUCAUCAAUUCAAAUAUUUAGAAUAUUGCUGCAUUUUAACAGCCUAACAUCAUCUUUGGGAAAAUUGUAUCAACCAAUGUUAUCUCUGCAAGUGUAGGAUCAAAUCAAUGACCAGCACCAGCUCUUGUAAUGGCAAACAAACCAGUUUAGGCUUUGUUUAUCUUCGCUAGAUCUUCUAAUUGUGUUUGACAAGCUCUUCACUUUUGCAUUUCAUGCUAUAACCGGCAGUUCCCUGUUGGGCCAUCCUUGACACCACAGUACUCCUUAUAUCUCCUCACCUUGCUUUUGCAAAGGGAGGACCCUGGUAUCCAGGAUGCUUUUGAAGUUUGAUUUGAGCAAAGUCCGUGCUUGAAAGACAUAACUGCAGAAUACACAAAGGAGAUGAUAUUUCGGUGGCACUGUCAUUGUUGUGCACUCAAUUUAAAGGGAAACAGUCUUUCUUAUUGCAGGGUGAGGUUAUACCGAAUAAUGAUUUAGCCUACUAUACCUUUGACAUCUACACAUUAUUCAAGCAAUGUGAAACUAUUUUGAGGCAAAUAUUAAGUUAAUUUGUAUAAAUGUCUAUAUACACUCAAUAUCAUCGCCUUCGUCCGAAUUUUCACCCUACAACAAAAGACUAUUUCCCCUUUAACAUUUAUGUUUUUCAGAUGUACAAGAUAUGUACAUGAUGGUUUCAGUUGUUAGAUACAGUAUGGCUUCUCACCAGAACGGACAACCAUCGCUGUACGAAUCACAUUUAUUCCCCAACAUAGACAGGUUAAUGAACAUGUGCCUAGGAACAUUGAAUAUCCCUGCAACGCUAGUAUUUGAUAUUUGAUAAUACGUCGUUGGAAAUGCAUACGUAGACUAACCUAGUUCAAAAUAGGUUGUUGCCACCUCAAUAAUAUAAAGUUUUAUACAGCCAGUACCACUGUCAUGACAUUGUGAUCCAUGAAAAUUACAUAAACAUGUAAGAUACCCUGAAAGCCUUGUUAUCAGGCUGGAAAUAACCCCACUGUUCGACUUUAAAGGUCUACGCUGUUCGUCUCCAUUGUAUUUACUGGUGGUUCAGGAAAAAGUAGUACACAGUGCUUUAGUGCACUUAUUGUGCAUGCAAAUUUGCUGAAACUUUGUAUUCGUAGUAUUUUGAUAUUGUCUGUACAACAGCAUUUUCAUGAUUAAUAUUCAAUGUGUAUGUACUCAAUUAGAAAUUUUCUAAUUUGAGUUCAGUUUUUCAAAUUUUUGAAAACGAACAGGGUAGAGCUUUCCACAGUUAUGUCACCGGUUGGAAGGCACUUGAGACAUCCAUAUGCUGUUACGCACAACUGCACUACUGGCCUGAGCUAACCCCAGAUAACUAAUCUAUAAGUACAUGAUUAUAGAGUUCAGGUCUGGUGAUUAUGUGUUGCACCAUGGAUUUAUUUUCUUGAAGUUUAAAUUAUUGUUUAAGAAUUUUGAUAACUGCUUUUACUCAAAUGAGGAGUAGUAUUAGCAUUCGCCAGUGGUGCAGCUGGGAGUCUCAAUAUAUGGAAUGUUUAAAUUAGCAUGUCUACCCCAUAUUACACACCAAGUGUUUAUGCUUUGUCAGGUAUAGGUAGUCAUAUUGACUAUUUUAUUAGUAAUGUAUUAGAAGGGACCAGGUUUUGCAUGUAUCUCAUUAUUUGCAUUGAAUUGCUUUUUCACUGCCAGAUGCAUAAAACUGCAUCUUUUGAUUGCUAGGCAUUGUAAAUGGAACUUUGUUAUAUUUGCAAUUCUCAAAGUAAACUGCCUCAGUCACCUAUUUUAUUCCUUUUGCGUGCUUUCUGGAUGAUAUCAGGUUAAAAUCUAACUCGUCAUAAAAACUGACCACGUUCCUUACAAAUUUUGGUUUCCAAACAAGAGGUGCUACCGGUUUACCAUGGGACAAGCUGCAUCCCUGUAUUACUUGUUAAUCGAUGCAACAGAAUCACACGAUAAAGAUCUUUCAAACAUUGAAAUUCAAUGAUGUAAAUUUAUCAACAGUGUACAUAAUAAAUUCUGCAGAUUUAUAUAAUCCA